AUGGAGGGAAUUAUUAAGCAAAGCGAAUCUAUUCCUGUAGCGCAGCAAACACGCCUUGGGUGGAUUUUAUGCGGCAACGUAAAGUCGUUCCAAUGUAACGUAGUAAUGGUUGACGUGGAUAGCCUUCAAAAAUUUUGGUCAAUCGAAGACAUUAACGAAGACAUAGAUAUAUCACAAGAGGAUUAUCAAUGUAUUCAGCAAUACAAAUCAACAACAACUCGUCAGUCAGAUGGAAAAUACGUUGUUCGUCUCCCUUUACAUCCAGACGCAGAUGAAAAGCUAGGAUUAUCGAAAACAAAAGCAUGCGCUCAAUUUUAUCAAUUAGAACGAAAGCUACAAAAAGACGACAAUUUAUUUAAUAAAUAUAAAUCAUUCAUAAACGAAUACAAAGAAUUGGGUCACAUGCACUUAACAAUAGCGCGUAACAUGAAACCUACCUACUACAUGCCGCACCACGGUGUACAUCGAGCCGAUUCGAGUACUACGUCAUUACGAGUUGUGUUUAAUGCAUCCGAAAAAACAUCGACGGGUGUAAGCCUUAAUGACGUCAUGUAUAGAGGUCCGAACUUACAGCAGGAUAUCUUAUUAUUAAUAUUAAAUUGGAGACAAUAUCCUUACGCAUUUAUAGCAGAUAUCGAAAAAAUGUUUCGACAGAUUUUAAUUUCAAAGCAAGAUCAACGUUAUCAGCAAAUAGUUUGGCGCGAAAAUCCGAAUCAACCACUCAAGGAAUAUACUUUGUCAACUGUUACGUAUGGUACAAAAGCAGCGCCCUUUUUAGCAAUGAUGACGCUCAAGCAGUUAGCCAAGGACGAAUGCAACCGUUACCCGAUAGCAGCGAGGGUGUUAGAAGAACAAUUUUACAUGGAUGAUCUUCUUAGCGGUGCAUUUGACAACAUAUCAGCGAAGCAAUUGCAAAGAGAUCUUAUCGAUUUACUCAAAUCUGGAGGAUUUAAUCUCCGCAAAUGGUCAGCGAAUGAGUCAUCAUUAUUAGAAGACGUUGAUAAAGCAGAAAACCUAGCAAGCGAUACGUACAAUUUUAAGCAUCAGGAAUCAACGAAAGCACUCGGUCUUAGUUGGAAUGCCAAAGAAGACAAUUUUAAGUUUAUGUGCAAACUAACUCCGCAAUCCGAUUUACGGCCUACGAAGCGAGAACUACUAGGAGAAAUAUCAAAGAUAUUCGAUCCUCUUGGUUGGUUGGCACCAGCUGUAGUUCAACUAAAACUAUUAUUUCAAAGCGUAUGGUUAACUAAAUUAAAUUGGGAUGACGUCAUACCGGACAAGAUUAAUCUUGAAUGGCAAAAAUUAAGAGCAGACAUAGAAAAUAUUGGUAAUAUCGAAAUCCCGAGAUGGAUUUGCAGCGAGAGAGACGACUGCAUCGAAUUACACGGUUUUUGUGAUGCGUCGUUGAAGGCAUAUGCAUGCGUAGUAUAUGCACGGAUAGUGCGUAACGAUCAAACGCACAUAUCACUUUUAGCCGCCAAAACGAAACUUGUCCCCGUCAGCAAAACUAGCCCUUCGUCAAAGACCGACAUAUCGUUACCGAGACUAGAGUUAAGCGGUGCACUUUUGCUCUCGAAACUUAUGAUAAAGGUCAAGCAAAGUUUAAGCGAUCGCGAUGUAAAAAUGUUUGCGUGGUGUGACUCAACAGCUGUACUUGGAUGGCUACAGGGCGAGCCCAGCCGCUGGAAGCCUUUCGUCGCAAACCGAGUGAUUAAAAUAACAAAAACUUUACCACCACAGACUUGGCGUUAUGUUAAAUCUAGCGAUAAUCCCGCAGACUGUGCUAGCCGUGGCAUGAGCAUCGCACUUUUAGAAAAACAUGACCUAUGGUGGAAAGGGCCCACCUGGCUACUCAGUGAUCUUAAACAUCAACAGCAAUUAACGUAUGAUACUAAAUUAGAAGCAAAGAAAAUGUUAUCAAAUGUCGUUACAAAGAAUAACGAACAAGGUUUAUUAAGAGUUGGAGGUCGUCUAAAAAACAGCAACAUCUCAUAUAACAUGAAACAUCCCUACAUAAUACCACAGAGCAGUCAUCUUACUAAUUUAUUAAUUGAUUUAGCACAUAAGUCAACUUUCCACGGUGGAGCGAGGUUGACGAACUCUUGGCUACGUCAGCGAUAUUGGAUACUCGGCGGAAACAGAGCGGUUAAGAAACGUUUAUAUAAUUGUGUAAUAUGCAAGCGACAUAGCCCGGUAAAACAACUACAAAUAAUGGGAGAUUUACCCGGAGCUAGAACAAACCCUACAAGACCGUUUUAUCACACGGGGGUAGACUUCACGGGACAUGUAGACGUGAAAUCAAGCAAGGGUCGCGGUAUCAAAACAAGCAAAGGAUAUGUGGCUGUAUUUAUCUGUAUGGUCACAAAAGCGGUUCACUUAGAGUUAGUAUCAGACUUAUCAUCAUCUACUUUUUUAGCUGCGUUACGUAGGUUAGCAGCAAGAAGAGGAACUCCUCGUCACAUAUACAGUGACAACGGAACGAAUUUCGUAGGAGCCAGCAAAAUUUUAGCGAAUGAAUUUAUUGACCAGCAAUCUAUUUUAACGGAGGAUUUAUUCACGGAAAUUAGCGAGAUGCAAAUUGAGUGGCACUUCAAUGCACCUUCCUGGCCUAGCGCGGGAGGACUUUGGGAAGCCGCGGUUAAAAGCCUAAAAUAUCAUCUACGUAGAGUCCUAGGCGAUCAAAAGCUAACGUACGAAGAGUUCGCCACUCUACUUUAUCAGCUAGAAGCCUGUCUAAAUUCGAGACCCCUAUCUCCUCUAUCUGAAGAUCCUGAUGACUUAGCAUAUCUCACACCUUCCCACUUUUUAGCGAGCGGUCCAAUUUUAACAAUCAUAGAAACCGAGAGAGAUGAGAGAACGAGGUGGCAAUUGACGCAAAAAAUAUUUAGUGAUAUUUGGAAACGGUGGCGAGCUGAAUAUUUAACGUCAUUAUCAGCCAGAAGCAAGUGGAAAACAUCAAAGCCUAACAUCAAGUUGAACGACAUCGUGAUCAUACAUGACGCUCUUCUACCUCCAGGAAAAUGGGCUUUGGGUCGUGUGAUUGAAUUACACCCUGGAUCAGACGGCUACGUCAGAGUCGUAAGCGUAAAAACUAAGACGGGCAUUAUCAAGCGACCGCAAUUGAAGUUCCAUGACCGCAUGUUACUGAAUCAGCGUUUCCAUUCAACGAGGCGCACGCGACCAGGCCUUAUCAAUGGUGUCAGCUCUCGGGAAGCGCAUUCAGGGGAUAGCAGCAGCAGCGGGCCUGUGGUGUGCGUGGCGGCGGCGGCGGCGAGCGCCCUCCGCGGCGGUCGCGCCGCGCACCCGCGCGCAGCGUGCCAUCAGUGA